AAUUACAAUACGAUCAACACACAACUUUGAGCUGCUUUCCGUUUUCACAGUCCAACCGUAAACGUUUGCUACAAAUUUUUGUAAUCCAGAAAUAAUUUUCAUCACAAGAUGAACAUUAACUACGCACAAGGAAUAGUAUUUUUUAUAGUUCUUGCAUGUGCAUUACACACAAACUACACAAAAGCUGAAAAAUCAUUAUCGAAAUCCGAUCUCCAAUUAGAAAAAACUAUUUCCGACUUCGAAAGCAAAAAUAAUAAUAAUUCUUCAAAAAACAAAAAAAACAAUGGUUUAGUUGAAAAUAUGUUAUUAAAUAUUGCCACUAUAAUCCAAGGUUGUAUAGAUGAAAGAACCAUGAAUAAUAAAACAUUUAAAAAAAAACUAGACAAAUUAUAUGAGAAUACUGUAACGAAUAAAAUACAAAAAUUAAUAACAAAAUACUCGGCUAAAGUAAUGAAGAUUAAAAAACAAUACGAGCAAGACAUUGAAUUAUUGAAGACAAUGAAAAGUGAUAAAAAAAGCAAAAACGGAAAAAUUAAAAAUAAACCAUCAAAAAUUAAAUCAAUUAAAUAAUAAUCAUGAACGCAGUGUGACUAAAUAUUCCGUUACAAUAAUAUAUUAAUUUAUUGAACUACCUAUUCUACUAUCAGCAAAUUCAAAUUAUGUCAAAAAUUUAUAUGAGGUACCUAUAGAAUAUUUUAUUAAAUAAAAGACAA